GCCAAACCGGCUACGACGCCGGUGGUCUGGAUCGGAGGAAGAGGAGGAACACGAAACAGCAGUACGGGUUCGCAGCGAUGGGUCACCGGCGGCCACGGAGGCCGGAGGUGGAAGAAGAAGGUGGUGGUGGUGGCGGGCACUCCGCGUGGAGUCUUGUCGAGCGCCCCCUUCUCCGCCGCGGUGGCUGCCAUGGCCGUCGAACGCUACCGGUCGGAAGUUCUGAACGCGACCCAAAACGAGGGGGUUAUAUAAAAAAUAUUGGAUCGCAAUUGUUAAUCGCGAUCCAAAAUAGGGUUUUAUGUGAAAAAUGUUGGAUCGCGAUUAUUAAUCACGAUCCAAAUUAGGAGCUAUUCGUAUAUAACAGGGGUUAAAUGUAAAAUGUUGGAUCGCGAUUAAGGGGCUGAUGUGUAAAAACUAGGAACUGAUUUCCGUGGCCGCCGACGCUCAGGCGCGCCCACGCCGCUCGCGUCGGCGCACCCCCGGCGUAGCCACCGUGAACUCCACGCGCGUUUCCACAAUGCCGUUAUUGCGGCGCUGGUCCGCCUCCACCUCUGUGCGUCGCUCUGUAAAGGAGCCAUACCAGAUGGACUCCGGCGAGGGCCGUGCUCCCACAAAUCCGGAGCGCCGGCAUCCGCUUCACGAACGGGGAGUGGUCGGCCGCCGCCGCUGGAGAUGCUGCUCCCGGCCACUCCCUUCACUCCCUGCCCACCUGCGCUGAGAAUGGAAGUAUCAAGUAUGCAGACAUCUCAUUGUGUACUGUAUUUCUCAAUCAGUAGAUCAAUUUCAUCUGGGUUUUCCCUCCAAUGUCUGCAGAGGAUAAUGAAAUGCAAACCCUAGCAUAAAUUCUGCAAAUUUGGAUAAUAGGUGUCUUCGUUAUACUGUAGUGUGAAUUGUAUCUGUUAGGUACUAUACUGUGAAAUACCCGAUGUCCCUGGAAACAUCCUAGUUUCUCUAGUGUAAGAUAAUUCUGAAAAUUGAUGGUUUAUGGUCUGCAAUGUAACCCAAUUACCCAAGUCCAGGUGGUAGCUAGUAUUCUUGGGAUGCUUGUCCUUGGCAUGUCAGUGCACACGAAAAUCAGAUAGUACACAUAUUGGAUCUGCGAAAACUGCAGAUAUUUUGUCCAACUCGUAAUAUGGGCAGCUUAUUAGUCAACAGUGACUGCUUCUCUUAAAUAUAUGUGUUCUGACUUCUGAGCGUAUCCAACUAUGUCAUCAAUUAUGGUAAGGAGGUGAUGGUGACAGCAGCAGCAGCUGUGAUGAAACCCACUUUGUUUUCUGCCUUUGGAUAAUUUUCUAUUCGUGGAUUUCUUUUUACUACUUAUGUUGGCAAGCUGGUAUACCUGUAAGAACACCUUCCUUCUUAGUUCUUACUACCUCCAUAUUGAUGACCCUGAGGUCGCUUAGAAAUUGCAAAGGUGAUUUCACUUUGUACUUAAAUGAUAGAAAACUGAAUAAGUUUUUCCUAAUUGUAACCCUUUCUGAUUUGCUUUCAUUUCCCUCACAUCACUUUCAGAUAUAUUCCUGAAGUGAAUGCUGGUUCAUUGCGCCACCAAACCAGAUAUCAGCAUAAUACCAUAAUCUUUACAUGAAAUCAAUAUGUGAAGGACUCCACAUGGUGAUUAUGAUGUAAGGUAGCCAUACCAAGGAUGUAUUCCGCUUUUUUUUUGUCUGGCAAGAUUGAUUCAGCAGAUGGCUAACAAAUUAUCUUGCUUUCAAGACUAAUCUUCUCAUUUAUGAUGAUGGUUGCAUUUGACUUCAUUUUCUUAUUGCUGCUAGUGUGUCAACAUCUGGUAAUUAUGUUGAUCCAUGAUCAGUUAUUUUCUAGGUUUUAUCUUUUAAAAGCUAAAAGAAUAUGUUCUAGAGAACCAGCAAGUAAUUUAUUUUGUUAUUCUUAUCAUAUAAAUAGUUAUGAUGUCACUUUCAGAUUAUAGUGUUUUGUGUUCAUAAGCUGCACUAUUUUCCAGAGGAAGUCAGCUUUUCAGAUGACUGUUACUAAAAACAAUCAACGAAUUAUCACUUUCGCAGUCAAGUGACAAAAUAUGGCACUCAGAAUGAUGGCAUGAUGAAUACAAUUCCUCCUAUAUAUUAUUACUUUCCAAGCUCUCACGUUGUACAUGUCCUGUUUUUUCCACUGUAGUGUGAAUGUGUUGUAGUGUCCAAAUUUCAGUCAGCAGCAAGUAGGACGUGUUGUAGAAGUCAACUAUCAGGGAUUGUGAUAGGAAUGGAAUGAAACAGGCAAGAAAAAGAAAACAUUUUGCUUGACCAAGUUGUUGCUAUCACAGUAUCACCUCUUGAUUUGAAUGCCCAUCAGUUUAUUUAUACCCGUCUCGUAUAUGAGGGACUCAGCAGGCAGCCAGUAGUGAAGAGGGAGAAGGCAAAAUCUUGAUAUAAGUACCAUGGCAAUUAGAGGCUUUGUGGACUGGAGAGGAAACCCCAUCAAUAGAGGGGUGCACGGAGGAGUCAGGGCAGCAUGGUUUAUAUAUUUUCUGACAGUUGUGGCAAACAUCGUGAAUGUCCCAAAUAUGCUGAAUAUGGUCACUUAUCUCCAUGGAACGAUGCAUAUGGGAGUUUCGAGCUCUGCAACUACAGUCACUAAUGUCCUUGGUGCCACAGCUGGGUUUGCUUUGAUAGGGGCUUUCCUCUCUGACUCUUACAUAACUCGUUCAAGAACUAUACUUCUCUUUGGUCCAUUGGAGUUUCUGGGCUACGGACUGCUUGCACUGCAAGCCUACAUUCCUUCACUCCGUCCACCAUCAUGCAAUAUUGAAGCAGAACCUAGCAACUGCAAAGAAGUCCAUGGCUGGAAUGCCACCCUGCUGUACGCCGCAUUGUAUAUUAGUGCACUUGGUGAUGGUUGUAUGCGUGCUUGCAUGCCAUCCCUUGGAGCGGAUCAGUUUGACCAUGAAGAUCCCCCUGAAUCGCGCCAGCAAUCCAGUUUCUUUAAUUGGUACACCUUCGGGAUCUCCUUUGGAGGUUUUAUAGGGCUGAUUCUCAUAGUGUGGCUAGAGAAUGACAAGGGGUGGGACAUUGGAUUUGGCUUGUGUGCCAUUUUAAUUCUUCUUGGUUUGCUUGUGGUUGCUGUUGGUCUCCCUUUCUACCGCAACCAAAUACCUGAAGGAAGCCCUCUAACUCGAAUACUGCAGGUUCUUGUGGUCGCAUUCAGAAACAGGAAACUUGAGUUUCCGGAGAAACUGGAAGAGGCACAAGAAAGAAGUGCUGAGCCAGGCUCUAUUGAAGUACUCCCUGAAACAAAUAGCUUGAAAUUCCUCGACAAAGCUUACAUCAACCGUGGGAAAGAUGGAUCCUGGUCAGUUUGCAGUACGACAAAGGUGGAGGAGACUAAGAUUGUGCUCCGUGUGCUUCCUCUGUUUGUCAGCUCCAUGAUCGGAUAUGUAUCAAACCCUAUCCUCUUCACAUUCACCGUGCAGCAAGGUGGCAUGACAAACACAAGGCUGGGCAAGAUCCGUGUUUCCCCAGCUACACUGUUCAUCAUCCCCACCAUAUUCCAGAUGGUAAUGCUUCCAAUCUAUGAUCAGUUCCUUGUGCCGUUUUUGCGGAAGCGCACGGGCUAUGUCAAUGGCAUCACUCAUUUGCAGCGUGUCGGCAUAGGCUUCGCCUCCAUCAUACUUGCGUCAGUCAUCGCAGCAGUUGUUGAGAGGAAGAGGAAGGAAGCUGCAGAGCAGAUGUCCCUAUUUUGGCUCACCCCUCAGUUUUUCCUCUUGGGUGUGUCAGACGUGACAUCGUUCCCUGGGCUCCUCGAGUUCUUCAACAGUGAGGCACCACGAGGCAUGAAGUCAAUCGCGGCUGCCUUGUUCUGGUGUGUCCUAGGGCUCUCGUCAUUGCUAGCCACUUUCCUGGUGCAAAUAGUGAAUAGAGCCACCAGGCAUGGGCACCGUGGAGGGUGGCUGGAGGCUGCAAGCUUGAACAACAGCCGUCUUGAUCUGUUCUACUGGGUUGUGGCUGUUGUCGGAUUGCUCGCCUUCUUGAACUACAUGUACUGGGCCAAGAGGUAUGUCUACCGGCACGAUCCACGCGUUGUCACAAAUGAACCACCGGUCGAUCAGGAUUCACCUUGAAACAUCACAGGAUUCGCACUCAGAUAUUCCUUCAGUUCAGCAACAGCAAAGGCAGGAUAACUAUGCUCUGGUGACUGGUGUACCACGCCAUGGAUUAGUGUCUGUUCUCUAAUCUCAUGCUCUGUUGCCUGAUUGUAUAUUCAGCUAAUUGGAUUGGAUGUCAUCCGUGAUACUUACCAGUAGUUUACAUUUGCGAAAUCCUUAUUAUCGAAGGCGAUCUUCAUAGUUUGUAUUGUGCAAGUGGGUGUUCAGAGACACGAAUCUGUCAGAUUGGUAAGAGCUGAAGUGCCAGCUUGAAUAUAUUGCAUAAUGAAUGGAUUUUCAAUGUAUGUUCUGCAAAGCAAUGCCAAUGCAGCCAUCCAAUCUUUUAGGUGUCCAGACACAGGAGUUGCAUCUCAUAAACUUUUCUCUUUCAAGGAAUCAAGGAGGUCUUGUUUGGAUACGUAGUGAUCCCCUCCAAUCCACGGGAGGGCCAUAUGGAUUUUGGGGGGUGGGAUUCAAACCGUUGACUAGAACAGCGCGCAACGUUGCCGCGCAUAAAUAGCCCUCCAUCUUUUAUAUUUUUAUGGUUAAAUGGAGCACACUAUUUAUGCAAUAUCAAAGAGUGGACUUUGAAAAGUAUCUUGUAAAUAAAUUCAUGCACGUAUCAAGAUGUUGUAUUUUUUUUUGCUAGAUUUAAUUUUUUUUAUUGGAUAUCUUUGGUUGUAACGAAGCCAACGAAAGCUAACUUAUAUUUUUAUCAUUUUUCUA